CAAAGAAAUAAGAGAACUAUUUUGUUCUGCUAAUUAUAAAUCUAUUACAAAAUUAAUAGACAAUUUAGAAAAUUUCUUUUUACACAAAACCAAGAAUUUUUGUUCCUUGAAUUCAAUUGAUAUGGAACAUAUUGACAAAGCUUACUUGAAUGAAAUUAAACAUGUUGAUGAUAAUAUCAACAUUUAUUUUGGUAAAACCUUGAAAGAAAUCAAAUGCGUUAUAUUCGAUGAAGGGUUCCGAGAACAUGAGAUUUUCAUAAAAUUUUCUGGUCCUAGAAAAUAUGAGAUAACUAAAGUUAAUUUACCAUAUUUACCUUAUCAAGAUGAAGAAUAUAACAGUAUAAAUGAAGUAAUCAACACAUUCAAAAAUCAUGUAAACAAUUUAAGUAAUUAUUUCUUGGAGUUGGAACAAAUUGAUCAAUUUUGUUCUAUUAUGGAACCACUACAUCCUACUUAUAAAGAUGAUUAUCGAAAAAUAGCUCUAGAUGAAAGAACUUGGCUCCAUAUAGAAGUAACUCCAGACGGUGCAGCAAAAAACAUCUAUCUGAUAGGUCAAUCUGAAACUUGGAAUGAUAAGUUACAAAAAGGUUUUUUAAAAUGGGAUCAUGAUAAAAGUAUAGUUGAUAAUAUCAUGUCUACAUUUGAUAUAUCUAGUUUUUCAAAUAAACAUCAGGAUGUUUUUUCGGAACCAGUAACAACAAUGCCUGAGAAACAAUGUUGUGCAAUUUGCCUGUGUGAGGAAUUGCCAGAUAAACCUGGUGUGCCACAGCCUAUCUGUCAAAAUAAUUCCUGUGGAGUUUACUACCAUACUAGUUGUUUAUAUGAGUGGCUUCUUGCAUCGGCUGGUGGUCGCCCACCAGCUUUUGGAGUGGCAACCGGUAGCUGUCCAACAUGUUGUCAUCCUAUAGCAUGUUCACUACUUGAAAAUAAAUAA